AUGGAUGGGCGAAAUGAUGAAUGUGAUUUCUGCGAUUUAAAUACAGGCACAUGUACUCUUUUAAAACAUAAGACAUCGAUGAAUGAGGGCUAUACAAUCAAGUUUAAAGCAACAAGCAAAGUUUGCGAAUACCCUUUACCACCGACUAUACAGAACUGUAUAAGCAGAUGCAAGACAAAACUAAAUACAAAAGUUCUGAUGGACCAGAGAGAAGAAUCAAUACAUUACUAUUGCCAAAACCAAUAUGUAGUGCAACGUGCCAACGAGACGUGGAACCAAGAUGGUGUUCCGAAGAUCAACAUCAACAGUUUACAACAGUUCUCUGAUAUAUUUGAACUAUUCGAUGUUGAGGAAUCAAAUCCCGUCAAGAAAAUGAAAAGAGCAACACCUAUCAACAGACAGCCCAAUGCUUAUGACUGGUUUGUGAACUUGCAUCCGGCUGCUGUUGCACCCAGUGCUCAUUUUGGACCCGCCUUCCUUGGGUUUCAUCGGACCUACCUUUUUUUAUUCGAGCGACAAUUACAAAAAUAUGAGCCAGAAGUGUUCAUUCCAUUUUGGGAUUCCUCCUUUGACAAUCUUUUGGAGGAUCCCACUUCCAGUGCCAUUUUCACAUCUAGUGGCGUGGGUCCUGGAACAGGGAUUAUUCGGGAGGGUCCGUUCAGCGACUGGAAACACGAACACGCUGGUGUCUUAAUCCGCAACAUUGGAUCAUCAGGUAGCUUAUUCAGCAGGGAAUUCAUUGAACUCUUUCUUUCUCAGAAUCGUAUUGAGGACAUUGCCAUUGAUAGAACUAAAAUAGAUACCAGUCUUGAGUUUCACCACGGUUCUGUCCACAACUGGGUUAGUGGAACUCUCUCUGAUAUCAAUUAUUCUCCCGCUGAUCCACUUUUCUUCAUGCAUCAUUGUUUUGUGGACGCUUUAUGGGAAAGAUUUCGGGAGAACCAAAUUCAACGUGGCUUUGAUCCAGAAUGGUAUCCGUUAGUGGAUGGAGGCCACGCUCCGGACGCACCAAUGAGGCCAUUAUUGAUUGGAAAAGAAGCUAAUGGUGAAGACAAGUACCUGAAAAAUAAGAUCGGAUAUUCCAAAUCAUGGUCUUUGUUUGUGAAGUACGAUGAUCCACCAUAUAACUGUGAUGUUGAUUCCGAUUGUCGAUCAGUUCUGAUGCGGUGUGAAAGGAAACUAUGUCAACCUUUGACAAUCGAAGAGCACGAGAGAAUGCAUUUUCAACAUAGAGCAAAACGAGAGUUACUGGCUAAUUUAUCAACUCCUUAUCCAGCUAUGAAACGUAACUACGAACACACUCAUUUGGGAAGAAAUAUAGAUGCCACCCACCAGUUCAACUUAAAAACAAGUCCUUUUUACCACUCUUUUCAGAAUUCCUUCGUGCUUAAUGGUAAAGAGGAUAUUUCUAAUUGGGUUUUUAUACCAGUGAUGAUUUACAAAAAGAGAUCGAAUGGACAGAACUAUGACGCCUUUCCCAUUAGAAAUGGAGUGCCGGAUUUCUCAUCUGGAGAUGUAUUUCAGCAAGACUUCAAUAUCAAAAGUAAACCGAGCAGCGAGCAGAUGGGUUCCAGUAAAACAGAGAGAUGCUCUCACAUCGGAUCUGGGAUUUCUAAAGUAUACGUGAAGACGUUUGGUCUGGACUAUCGAGGAUUUUACACUGAUCAUGCUCUCCUAGAUGAACGAUUCCCUUUGUCAUCUGCUUUAAGCGCAGUAGGCGUUAAAAAGCCAGACAACAACAGAAGCAGUCACGUGUUGAUUACCGCCCAUGAUUCGUGUGGGAAGAUGUGCACAGCCUAUUGUCUCAACUCUAGUACUCGUUCAAUUCCUACUGAAUAUAAAAAGUGUUCUGGCUCUUCUCGAAUAAGUACUACCAAGCCAUCCAUGUACAGAAGCACAGUUGGAGAGGCUUUGCUCAGUGCUUAUAAUAUUUCAAGUAUCAAUCCAUCAAUCUCAAAAGAGAACAUUGCCAUAAUAUUUCAUUGUGGCUAGCAGUUUGUAUGGAAUUUUAUUAAUUCACAUUGUAGUAGUGUAAUAUGAUUUUAGAAAACUGAUAUAAUGUCUUGCUGGUUUUCUUACUUACACAUGCACCUAAGCGUCAAUAUCAUUAUAACUUGGCACACAGGUUCUAAUUGUCAGGAACCAGUAUUUCUAGAUAUAAUUUACAUUUGAAGGUAGAGGGAGAGAGAAAGAGAGAGUCUGAGAAUCUCAUUUCAUAAAUUGGUGUCAUACUUG